UCCAAGGCAUUGUUGUAGCCGAAGUACGCCGAAAAAGCAGGGUUGCAUCCAUCCGCGCGUAGUUGAGUAGUCCUGCCGUAUUUCGAUUCCCUUAGAGCGCAGAGAUUUCGCCGCGACCGCUCGCCCGGGAGGACCGUUGAAGGCUUGACGCCGGCGUCAGGCGCUAAGCUAACCCGCAAGCCGAGAUGGUCAGCAGCCGUCUGGCAAACCGUCUCGGCGUUGCCGGCGGGCCAAGGCGUCGUCCGGUGACAGACGCUCGAGAGGUUCUCAAUGCGCGAGUAGGUCGCGGUGCUGCCGCCUCUACGCUGGCAGCGCGCCGUCUGGGUGUGGCCUCGCGCGGCGCGACUUCACGUGGCAGGGUCGCACGGGGCAUCGUCAGAACGGGCAUUCGCACGGCCAGAGGCGGCCUUCGCCUCAACACCAUGCGAAGCGACCUCAUUGCUGGUGGCGGCGGGCUCCGCAGCGACCGUAUUUUGGCGGCCACCCGCGGCAACAUUGUGCCACAGACGCGGGCCUCGCCGAGGUUCCAGUUGAGGAAUCUAAGACAGACAGCACAGGUUGCUGGUGCGGGAUUGGUUAACCAGAGGCGGGGCCUCAUCAGUGGCACCAGGCGACUCGCUGCAAUGCAGCAAAUACAAGCAGCCCAGGGUGACAUAGACGAACGUAUCCCGUUGGCCAGGAACAAACGGAUCCAGGUGAACCCGCACGGCAUUUCAGUGACGACGGCCAACCAGUUUGUGUCGACCCAGCGGGGCCUGUUUGGGGGCCGUGCCAGCCUGUUGGAGGAGGAGGACGACGACCUCGAGCGGCUUACCCUGGACAACGUCCUCGGAAGGUCGCCUUUCCGAGCUGCCACAGCGGCUGUGGCGGCAGCCACGGCUGCAGCGCUCUCAAGGUCUCCCAGGGCAACGUCUUCGCUCAGCCGAAUUCAGCACAGGCUCGAUGGCGGGGGACUGACGUCACCAGCGGCUCGUUCAACAUCGGACCCAAUGCCGGGGUGCUCGGUGCUUGUCGCCAACCUUCACCCUCAGGUCACCGAGAGUGAUAUUCGGGAUUUGUUCCAGUACAUAGGGCCCAUGCACGAUGCCAGGAUGGUAGCCGUAGGAACAGCCCUGGCUACCUUUCACCGCCAGUCCGAUGCCAUGAAGGCGUUCAAGGCCUACAAUGGGAGAAUGCUCGAUGGUCAGCCUAUGAACCUGACUGUGCUGACGCUGGACUUCUUGCAGUCCAACCAGAGGUGAUGGACUGGGCCAGUGACGGAAGAGACGUCAUCCGUACACAUAAGCCACACAAGGCCCGCUCCUCACUUGCUAGUAACAUCGUUCAUUUUGUUCCAUUCAGCCGUUUAACUUCCCUGUCAAAAUUGCUUUUGAAGAUGCAAGACCCCUUCUUCACGUGUUGAUCAGUCCAAUACUUUGGUAAUCGUACUAGCUUUUGCUCCCCAAACCCCAUCCCUCUGUUUUUUUUCUCUCGAUAUUUCACGUUCUGAUGUUGUUCUUAGUGCGCGCACACCCUAUGAAUAAGAGUGCGUGGAUAAGCAAGGGUGUAAAGGUGUCGGCUUUCAACAAAUUUUUAAGCUGCUUGAACAUGUUGAAACCAGUUUUAAGACUUCUCGGAAGUCGGCGCCUUUUCACCAUUUCUGCCCCCCUCUUUUUUUAUAUAUUUUAUUUUAUGCGUGUGCUGUGGACGGCGUCAAAACGCAAUAUCAUUGACCCACCCCAGUUUCAAACCUCGCUACUAUAUUUCGCACUUCGAACCAGUGUGCCUCGCGUACAAAGACCGAAAUGUGGAAAAUCGGCCAAGGCUCCUGUCGCAUUUCACCUUGGCACCUGGGAGAGAGCUGAGGAAAUAAAGAGCACAACCUUGAUCAA